CGCAAAGGCAAAGAAGCAUUCAUCGCAUCCGCCAGACCGAACAGCCACCCAAAAAUCCAUCCAACACCUCGAUCCUUGUCACCGCACCCCCAGACACAAUGUUCACCUUACGACGGCAAUUCUCCAGUACGCACCCAUCUCCUCUGCACAUCCACCUCCCCCCAUGCACCCCAACCCAUACUAAAACUCCUCCAAAAAAGCCGCCGCAUCCCGCCUCAAACCCACCACGUCCAGCACAAUGACCACCCCCGCACCUCCCAACAAACAGCACACCUUCCAAGUCUUCCGGGACGUGCCCCCGCUCCGCGCCCUCCGCCGAGAAAUGCUCCUCUCCAACCGGACCGUGGGCCUCGUGCCGACGAUGGGCGCCCUCCACGAGGGCCACCUGUCGCUGAUCCGCCAAGCGGCGGCCGAAAACACGGACGUGAUCGUCAGCAUCUUCGUGAACCCGACGCAGUUCGGCGUGAACGAGGACCUGUCCAGCUACCCGCGCACCUGGGACAGCGACGUCGCCAAGCUGGAGGCGCUGAACGCGGAGCUUGCUGGCUCCACCAACAAUACAAACAACGCCUCCCCGCAGCCCCAGGGCCGCAUCACCGCGAUCCUCGCCCCGACCGCGCAGGUCAUGUACCCGUCGCUGCCGCCGACCUCGGAGAUCGACGGCGACGGCUCCUUCGUGACGAUCACGCCCAUCGCCCGGAAGCUCGAGGGCGCGGCGCGGCCCGUCUUCUUCCGCGGGGUGGCGACCGUGUGCAUGAAGCUGUUCAACAUCGUGGGCGCGGAGCGCGCGUAUUUCGGUCAGAAGGAUGUGCAGCAGACGGUCGUGGUCCGGCGCAUGGUCAAGGAUUUCCACGUGGAUACGGAGAUCAAGAUCGGGGCGACGGUGCGCGAGGCCGAUGGGUUGGCGAUGAGUUCGCGGAAUGUGUAUCUCGGGAGCAGAAGGCGGAGCGUGGGGUUGGUGCUGUAUCGCGCGUUGAAGGCGGCGGAGGAGCGGUAUGCAGGCGGGCAGAAAGUGCAGCGGCGGGAGAUUCUGGAGGCGGCGGAGGAGGUGACGGCGCAAGUCCUCAAGGAGCAGGAGGCGCUGGGCCCGCACCAGCGCGCGCGGUUCGAGGUCGAUUACAUCUCGCUGGCGGAUCCGGAGACCUUGGAGGAGCUGGAGGUUGUCGACCCCGAGAAGGGGGCGAUUCUGAGUGGCGCGAUCAAGAUGGCGCCGCUGGAGGAGACGGCCCCCGGCGAGGACUGCGGGCUGGGCGAGGGCAAGGUGCCCGUGCGGCUGAUUGAUAACUUGAUCUUUGCGCCGCGGGCGUAGCUGCUUGCUUGCUUGCUUGGUUGCUUCGGGUCAGGUUCUACGCGCUAUACCGAACAGUACAGUCCAUAUACCCCAAACCACCCAGAAAAGAUGUUUUAUACAAUGUAAACUAGACUAAAUACAGACCAUAUACCUAUAAUCC